AUGGACACAGAGCCAGAAGCUUCUGCUGAGCCAGCGCCGGAGGGUAUGGAGGGCGAGGAGGGCGGCGAUGAUGAGCGAGGUUUUCCCACAUCCACUCCUCCCCCACCCGGCGCGUUCGUCAUCCCUGUCCAAAAUCCACCUUCACCCUCCCCUCCCACCCCUCCCCUCCCAGACCCAGACCCAUACUUCAACCGAGACCAAUGCGUACCUAUCCUCCCUCCGCGCAUCCCUCACCUCCCUCCAUCGCACUUGGCAACUCUCAAGCCCAAACAAAUGCAGGCUUCAGACUUUGUUGAUAGCGGCGCCACAGCUCGCGCCCUUGCUCAGCUGAUACCGCAGGCUCUGGCUGAUACCGACACUUUGGGAGAAAGGGCUAGUUGGAAUGGGGGUGCGGCGAGGGCGCUUGUGGAUAUUAUUGCGAGAGGAGUCGGGCAGGGGCUGAGUGGUGUCGGUGAGGCAGAGGGUGUCCACCGUACUCAGCAUCCUGCCUCGGGUCCCCAACCACUUCUGCUGCCUGGUGCCGUCGCUUGUGUCUUGGAGGAUCACAUGGUGGCCCCUAUCAGGGAGCCGUAUCGACAUGCCAGCUUCUUCUCCCCCGAUAGGGAUACAGGCCGACAAGUGGGAAAAGCUGAGAGAAGCGGCACUGGUGAAAAGUUCGAUCUCCAGUGCCAGUACCAAUCGCCGUGGAAUGCCUUCUGUGUGAGAGGAAGGAGGUGGAUUGGGUACGAAGGCGUCGAGGGGAUAGACCUUGGUAGCGGGUACCGCAAGUCGUUGAAUAGUACUAUCGCAGCUAUGGGUGCGAUCUCUUCAGCGUUGACAAUAUGA